UUGGUCAGGGAUUACAGAAGUCGUGCGCCCUCCCAGCCAUGUUCGUGAAUUCUGAUUGGCGGGGCCAUGCUCCAAAUUUAGUUACCAUUGCAACAAGAUUAAGAAAGUCCAGAUAAUUAAAACUAGAAAGUGUUUCUUUGCUGAAUGGUGAAGAAAGUAGCAGGGAAGAAACCAGAUCUGCAAGAAAGACGAGGAGGGCGAUAACGUCACCCUGAACAUGGAAGGGGCUCUGAUAGCCCGAGACAAAGUUGGGAUACAGGACUUUGUUCUCUUGGAUCCCCACACCAGUGAGAGUGCUUUCAUAGACAACCUUCGCAAGCGAUAUCAAGAGGACCUCAUAUAUACCUAUAUUGGUACCCUCCUAGUCUCCGUGAAUCCCUAUAAAGAGCUGGAUAUCUACACAGAGAAACAGAUGAAGCUUUAUCGAGGAGUGAACUUCUUUGAACUGCCACCACAUGUAUACGCCAUAGCUGACAAUGCCUACCGGGUAAUGUGUGCUGAAUGCAAUAACCAGUUCAUCCUCAUCUCUGGGGAGAGUGGAGCUGGGAAGACAGAAGCCUCCAAGAAGAUCUUGCAGUACUUUGCAGUGACUUGUCCAACAACGGAGCAGCUGCAAAUAGUCCGCGAUCGCCUGCUGCUCUCCAAUCCAGUUCUGGAGGCUUUUGGAAAUGCAAAAACUCUGCGCAAUGACAACUCAAGUAGAUUUGGAAAGUACAUGGAUAUCCAAUUUGAUUUUAAGGGAUGUGCAGUAGGGGGACACAUCCUCAGCUACUUGAUUGAGAAAUCCCGAGUUGUCCACCAAAACCGCGGGGAGCGGAAUUUCCAUAUCUUCUACCAGCUGCUGGAGGGCGGAGAUGAAGAACUGCUGAAGUCUCUUGGGUUGGAGCGCAAUCCCCGGAAGUACAUGUAUCUUAUACAGGGUAAAUGUGCCAAAGUGUCCUCUGUUAAUGAUUGGAAUGACUGGAGGAUAGUCUGCAAAGCCUUUUCUGUCAUUGACUUCACUGAAAAAGAUCUUGAGAAUCUAUAUGGGAUCAUUGCCAGUGUCCUGCAUCUGGGGAACAUUCGAUUUGAAGAAGAUAGUAAUGGUCACAGCAUCAUCCGCAAUGGCACCCAGAUCAAAUGGAUCUCCAAGUUAUUGGGUGUCCACUUAUCUCUUCUACAGGAAGCUCUUACGAAUAGGAAAAUUGAAGCCAGAUCUGAAGAGGUCUUGACUCCAUUGAAUACAGACCUGUCAGGCUGCGCUCGGGAUGCUGUGGCUAAGGCAAUUUAUGGACGGACUUUUACUUGGCUGGUCAACAAAAUUAAUACCUCUUUAGCCAACAAGGACCCCAGCAGGAAAACUGUGAUUGGGCUGCUGGACAUCUAUGGGUUUGAAGUGUUGAGUACAAACAGCUUUGAACAGUUCUGCAUCAAUUACUGCAAUGAGAAGCUCCAGCAGCUGUUAAUUGAGAUGACCCUGAAGGCAGAGCAGGAGGAAUACGAACAGGAAGGCAUUGAGUGGGAGCCAGUUCCCUAUUUCAACAACAAGAUCAUCUGUGAGCUGGUCGAACAGAAACACAAAGGAAUAAUCUCCAUACUGGAUGAAGAAUGUUUACGACCUGGUGAAGCAACUGAUUUGAGCUUCUUGGAAAAGUUGGAAGAGAAAGUAGGAGAUCAUGCCCACUUCCUGACCCGCAAACUUGCAGAUCAAAAGACUCGGAAAUCAAUUGACUGGGUGGACUUCCGUCUCCUUCACUAUGCAGGGGAGGUCACUUACUGUGCAGUAGGCUUUCUGGAGAAGAAUAAUGAUCUCCUGUACAGAAACCUGAAAGAGGUACUCUGCAAUUCUAAAAAUAGCAUCAUUAGAGAAUGCUUUCUUUCCGUGGAGUUGGACAAUAGGAGGCGGCCUGAGACAGUAGCAACCCAGUUCAAGAACAGUCUGACCAGCCUAAUUGAAAUCUUAAUGUCCAAAGAGCCAUCUUAUGUCCGAUGCAUUAAACCAAACGAGGACAAAGAGCCUGGGAAGUUUAAUGAGCAUCUGAUCAAGCACCAGGUGAAGUAUCUGGGGCUGAUGGAGCACUUGCGGGUGAGGCGAGCUGGCUUUGCUUACCGGCGGAAGUACGAAAUGUUUUUGCAAAGGUACAAAUCCCUGUGCCCAGAAACCUGGCCUCAGUGGCAUGGGCCAGCAGCUGAAGGAGUGGAGAGGCUCAUCAAGUACAUUGGGUACAGGCCUGAAGACUAUAAACUAGGAAGGACCAAAAUAUUCAUUCGUUUCCCAAGGACACUGUUUGCCACUGAAGAUGCAUUUGAAAGCAAGAAAUAUCUGCUAGUGUCAAGACUGCAGGCCACAUACAAAUCAAUGCUUGGGAGGAGAGCCUACCUGAAGAAAAGGACAGCAGCAAUCAAGCUCGAGGCCUGCUGGAGAGGGGUUAUGGCACGCAGAGCAGCCAAGAGAAGAACGUGGGCUGUUCAGACACUCAGAAAGUAUGUAAAAGGUUUCAUCACACGGAAAGAUUCUGUUGGCCCAGAAAAUGUGGAUUUUAUAAGGCUCACACAGUACACCUACCUCAUGAAGCUCAGAAACCACAUUCCAAAAAACGUCUUGGACCAAUCGUGGCUCAAGCCUCCUUCUAUCAUGGAAGAGACUUCUGAGAUGCUGCGAAAAAUCUGUCUGAGGAGCCUUGUAAGGAAAUAUUGUCAAGGACUUCCAGCUGAGAGGAAGGCACAGUUGCAGCAGAAAGUUGUAACAAGUGCCAUUUUCAAAGGGAAGAAGGACGGCUACCCACAGAGCAUAAACCAGACUUUUGUGGAGACCCGGCUAAGUAUAAAAGAGAUAAACUCUAAAGUCUUGCAGCUAAUUCAGAGUGAGAUGGUCAAGUAUGUGACCCAGGUGGUGAAGUACGACAGGAAUGGGUUUAAACCGCGGGAGCGGCAGCUUGUUUUCACCACAGUAGCAGCUUACGUGGUGGAGAUGGCCAAGAUCAAACAGAGAAUAGAGUACGCGACUCUCAAAGGUAUUUCUCUCAGCAAUCUGAACGACGGGAUCCUGGUCAUUCACAUUCCUCAGGACAAUAAGGACAAGAAGGGGGAUGUAAUCCUGCAGUGCGAGCAUAUCUUUGAGACGGUCACUAAGCUCUGCAUGCUGUCCAACAGGCAGAGCGUUAUCAGAAUCGUGCAGGGAAGCCUGCAGUUCAGCGUCGGCCCUGGGAAAGAAGGGACGAUGGUUUUCACUGUUGGGCAGGAGCCUCAGGUCUUUAGAGCCAAAAAUGGACAACUAACCGUGGUGGCCACCAGCGGAAGGUCCUGAUGGGAAGCUGGGCCCACUGUUCUGUCUGUCAGUCUUUGCUUGUGAGAGGAGCCUGGGAUGGGAUCAGCACCUGCAUCCGGCGGCUGAGAAUUUUCUGCGGUCACAGGACUGUUGUGACUUGAGCAUUCACUUGCCUUUUUAAGCUCUUCCAUUUCCUUUUUUAAGCUUUGAGCUUAUUCAGCUCUAGGUAACUAGAUUCCAUUGGGUUGCUGUCACAUUCCAGUGUACACGGGUUGUAGUCGGACAGAUGCGUGCUACAAUUGUGCAAUGCUUGAAACCAAAAGCUGAAGUUCUCAAAUGUGUAAAAUAUCGGUUUUGCGCACCCACGAGAUUAAAGCUGAGACCUUUAACCAGCCAGGAAAAAUCUUCAGGGUAGAAAAAAACUAAAAGGGCUUUCCCCAGCCACAGCUCCUGAGCCAUUUACUGUACUGAACAGGAGCACAGCACAACUGGUAGAUCAGGGAACUUGGCAGCGUGGGCUGGAAACCCCCUUGCUCCCGGAAACGCUGGCAACCAUCGAAGCUGGCACAGCCAGCCCAACCGAGUAUCCGACGUAGUCUGAGCGGGCAGAGAUUUCUCUGAAUGCAGUAGGGAUAAGGGCUAGCAAAGGUCUCGUUACCUGAAUCAGUAUUUUAGCAGAUGAGGUUGCACAGCUGGGGACAUCGACAUGCCCAGCUUUCUUUCUGGCCAAUUGCUUUCUAGGGUAGGGAAAAGUUUUUUCUAUUGAAGUAACUCCAUGUUGUUUCUUCCUAUGCUAAUGGCUAUACACAUAUAUAUACCUAAUGGCUAUACACAUAUAUAUAUAUGCUAAUGGCUAUACAUGUAUGUGAGAGGUAUGGGGCACUGGAAUCAGUAAUGAAAAUAAAAGGUGAAAAAACA